GCGAGGAGCGAGGGCCUGCGGACGGCGGAGCGGGGCCAGGCGCCGACGCGGGAGCAGGAGCGGCAGAGGAGCCGGCAGCAGCCGCCUGACGGGCCCGGGCUAACGCGUCCGAAGCUCCCGCAAACUUGAGCGCGUGAUCGCGCCCCCCGCGCCGGCGGCUCGACGAUGAAGAUAGUGGCCCCCUGGACGCGGUUCUACUCCAACAGCUGCUGCCUGUGCUGCCAUGUCCACACCGGCACCAUCCUGCUCGGCGUCUGGUACCUGAUCAUCAAUGCCGUGGUGCUGCUGAUUCUGUUGAGUGCCCUGGCUGAUCCAGAUCAGUAUCACUUUUCAAGUUCUGAACUUGGAGGUGACUUUGAUUUCAUGGAUGAUGCCAACAUGUGCAUUGCUAUCGCGAUUUCUCUUCUCAUGAUCCUGAUCUGUGCAAUGGCUACGUAUGGGGCAUACAAGCAACACGCAGCCUGGAUCAUCCCUUUCUUCUGUUACCAGAGCUUUGAUUUUGCCCUAAACACCUUGGUUGCAGUCACUGUGCUUGUUUAUCCAAACUCCAUCCAGGAAUACAUACGACAGCUGCCUCCUAAUUUCCCUUACAAAGAUGAUAUCAUGUCAGUGAAUCCUACCUGUUUGGUCCUUAUUAUUCUUCUGUUUAUCAGCAUUAUCUUGACUUUUAAGGGUUACUUAAUUAGCUGUGUUUGGAACUGCUACCGAUACAUCAAUGGCAGGAACUCCUCUGAUGUCCUGGUUUAUGUUACUAGCAAUGACACUACGGUGCUGUUACCCCCGUACGAUGAAGCCACUGUGAACGGUGCUGCCAAGGAGCCGCUGCCACCUUACGUGUCUGCCUAAGCCUGGAAGUGGGGCGUAGCUGGGAGCCACAGCUUGACUUUCACACAUCAUAGCAAUAGUUCUUUAAUUUUUCUUCUGAGAUGAACUCCUGAGCUUAUUUGUUGCUGAAAUGCUACAGUUUAAAAUUUUAGAUGUUAAGUUGAAACUCUCUGUCGCUUGAAACCUAUGCAUUAGCUAGAGCACUACUAUAGAGUAACUGUAGAGUUCUUUCUGUGGGGUGGGGUGGGCUCCCCUAGUCUUCCCUCAGCGUUGAAAUCGGCCCCCAGAGUUGAAGAAUUUGUGACACUUUUCUCUCCCUUCCCUCCUUUCUCUUUUGAAAGUGUAAAAUAAAAUCACAAUUACACAAUACUUUUCUUAGGCCAUUCCAGUUAAUAGAACAAACCCUUAGGAGAUGAGGAAUGUUAAUUGUGUAAGGAGUCCAUAUACACAUAAAUAAAAACAAGAAUUUCCUUAGA